AUGGUGCUGCAAAAGAUGGGAUUUGGGCAUAAAUGGAGAGCAUGGUUUAUGGAGUGUGUAGCUACUGCGUCUAUGUCGGUAUUGAUAAACGGCUCGCCGUCUAAACCGUUCAACAUGGAAAGAGGCUUGAGACAAAGUGACCCACUAUCCCCGUUCUUGUUUGUACUGGUUGUGGAUGUGCUGCAUCGAAUGAUUGGAGAGGCAGUGAGGAACGGUCGUAUAUCACCGUUGCUGGUUGGUAGAGAUAAUGUAGCAUUGUCACACCUUCAGUUCGUUGAUGACACUAUCCUCUUUUGCCCACAAGAAGAGGAGACUAUUAAGAAUUACAAGAGGUUUCUGCGAUGCUUCGAGUUGAUGUCAGGCCUGAGUAUCAAUUUUGAUAAGUCCAGCCUGAUCCCAAUUAAUUGUGAGGAGCAAUGGGUCGAGCGUAUGUGUAACUUGCUGGGUUGUAAGGGGGAUGCCCUUCUAGUUAAAUACCUUGGAAUCUCUUUAGGAGCUAAUCCGAGGUUGGUGAAGACAUGA